AUGAGGAUAAAUAUAUACCAUUUUCUCUCUCUUGCCGGGCUAAUUCCGACCAGUCAAGCAGCCAACAACCCCCUCGCAACCACCGACCAGCGAGACCUUGACAUCCUCGCCAUCCAAUUAAGCAAGAGCCCAGCAUUUGACCUCCUCCGUGACGCUGCGCGUACUCAAUAUAUUCUCACUAUCGAAGAAUACGGCUAUGGGUCUAGUAUCAAUGUUCAAACCAAAGCCGAUAUCAAUCUUGCAAUUGACGAACUGGUGUUCAGCUCCGUACAAAAGGCAGUCAACAAUGAUCCAGCUCACCCCAAGGUAUACUGGACAGAUGCGCCACCUCGCAACAGUACCAGUAGUAGUCAGCAAUGGUUUGGAAUAUCCGUUCCCGGAGGAAGAUAUUCGUAUGAUAACCCGGAUUGUAUUUACCGUACAAUCCCGAUCAGCUAUAGAUAUGACUAUGAAAUACGCGGGCGUCGUGCAAGCGGUGAUCGAGCACCAAGCGACGUUACGUUCUCGUUGAUCAGUAAUCCGAACUCGCAAGAAACAGUUGCUUUUCUGAGUGGAAAAGAUAUGCAGGUCGAAAAGGAUGGAUCCUAUGUGGUCACCGUUUCUUCGAAGGAUUCAAACUCAACAAAUCAUCUCAAAAGCGAUUUGACCACCGUUCAGCUUUUUGUGCGCAAUAACCUUGGAGACUGGAGUGUGGAACUACCAGAUGAAUUGAAUGUGACUAUUAUCAACGAUGGCGGCAGCAAUAUGUCCGAUGACACUGGCAGUACAUUAUCUUCUGCUCUUUCAAAUGAAGCGAUCAUAGCCCAAGCACAGGCGGAUCUUGCUGAAUCAACUUUCUUUUAUGGAUUUGGCGCAUUGGGGGUGAAAACGCUAUCCAAUCCAGUUAACAAUUUGGGAGCACCCUCGCAAUCAAAAUCUCUCGGCACACUCACAUCCCAAGCAAGCUCAUUCGGGUCGUUCAACCUGGAAGAAGAUGAUGACGCUUUCGUCGUGACACUGAGUGGCGGUAAAUCGACGUAUUGGGUUCUUCCCAUCUAUUCGUUAGGGAUGAUCACUGUAACUCCCUGGGACAGUAUUGUCAGCUACAACAAUAAACAGGCCAAGCAGAACAACAACGGAACAUUUACCUUUGUGUUAUCGAGUCAGGAUCCGGGUGUGUAUAAUUGGGUGAAUACGACAUCGAGAUCGCAAGGGUUGAUCAUGGGUCGUUGGCAGGGUUUACCAACAAAUGAGUCUGAUCCUAACGGCAUUGAGGUGUUUUCUAAUGUAAUUAAGAUUGGCAAUUUGCGACAAUUUUUACCAAAGGAAACCGUUUACGUGAAUGGAGAGCAGCGUCAGCUGCAGUUGCAGGAUCGGCUGGAAGGAUAUCAUCGAAUUCAUUAUCAGUGA